AAUGAAUGGUACGUACCAUUCAAGUAGUGGGGGUACCGUGUACCAAAUUACCAAUGUCUGUUGUUUUAGAAAUAAAGGAAACACCUUAAAAUUAUAAUUUCGACAGGAUGUACAAUUUACAAUAACAACGGUAAAUUAUGGCGUCAUGGGAAUUUUAAAUAAGAAUAUCUGCCUUGAACGUAGUUAGCUUGCUGGCCACAUCUGACCAGUGCUUCCACAAGCAAUGGACAACCUCGCAUUCCUGCAGCGGGCGUCCUAGCCGGAUUCUUCUGCUGGACACUAUUGGGAAAAUCUGGGACAGUUUCCUAUAAUUAAGAACUAUAGCUAAAUAUUGAUUUGGAGGUUUUAAAAGAUGGCUUCGUCUGAUGUUGCUCGGCAGCUGCAGGACAAGAAUGCACGUCCUCUUUCCCUGUCUGGUCAUGUUGGUUUUGACAGCUUGCCAGAUCAACUGGUCAACAAAUCAACAUGUCAGGGCUUCUGUUUUAACAUCCUCUGCAUUGGUGAAACGGGUAUUGGCAAGUCCACCCUGAUGGACACACUGUUCAACACCAACUUUGAGAACUUUGAGUCCUCCCACUUUGAGCCCAAGGUGAAGCUCCAUGCCCAGACCUACGACCUUCAGGAGAGCAAUGUCCGGCUGAAACUCACCAUCGUCAACACCGUGGGCUUCGGGGACCAGAUGAACAAGCAGGAAAGCUACCAGCACGUUGUGGAUUAUAUCGACACGCAGUUUGAGUCGUACCUGCAGGAGGAGCUGAAGAUCAAGCGCUCUUUGCACAACUACCACGAUUCUCGUAUCCACGCCUGCCUCUACUUCAUUGCCCCCUCCGGACACUCGCUCAAGUCUCUGGACCUGGUCACCAUGAAAAAGCUGGACAGCAAGGUCAACAUUAUUCCUGUGAUUGCCAAGGCAGACACCAUCUCGAAGAGCGAGCUCCACAAGUUUAAGAUCAAGAUAAUGAGCGAGCUGGUGAGCAAUGGGGUUCAGAUCUACCAGUUUCCCCUCGACGACGAGACCGUCGCCACAAUCAACACCGCCAUGAACGGCCACCUCCCCUUCGCUGUCGUGGGUAGCACAGAAGAAGUGAAGAUUGGGAAUAAAAUGGUGAAAGCUCGACAAUACCCCUGGGGUGUGGUCCAAGUGGAGAAUGAGAACCACUGUGACUUUGUGAAGCUGAGGGAGAUGCUGAUCUGUGUAAACAUGGAGGACCUGCGGGAGCAGACUCACACGCGACACUACGAGCUCUACCGCCGCUGCAAGCUGGAGGAGAUGGGCUUCAAGGACACCGACCCCGAGAGCAAACCAGUGAGCCUACAGCAGACGUAUGAGGCGAAGCGGCAGGAGUUCCUGGGGGAGCUGCAGAGGAGGGAGGAGGAGAUGAGACAGAUGUUUGUGCAGAGGGUGAAGGAGAAGGAGAUGGAGCUGAAGGAUGCUGAGAGAGAGCUGCAGGGCAAGUUUGAGCAGCUGAAGAGGCUGCACCACGACGAGAAGAGCAAGCUGGACGAGAAACGGAAGGCUCUGGAAGACGAGAUCAACACCUUCAGCAAAAAGAAGGCGGCCACCGAGCUGCUCCAGGCGCAGUCUUUCAACACCAACGCCAACCUGAAAAAGGAUAAGGAUCGCAAAAACUCUGGGUUCAUGUGAAGAAACACAAGGCACCCGUGAGCCCGUCAGUUCAGAACCAAACGCACACCAGCAAUCGACGACCCCUUUACCCUCUUUUUAAUUAAUCCUGUGUUUUUUUUGUGUUUUUUUUAGGCCGAGCUGUGGUUGUAUUCCUCUAUGUAUUUUUUUAUAUAUUUGUACUAGUGCCAGUAUAUGCAUGUUAUGGUUUUUUUUACCCACAGCCUCUGGGGGGCACCUGCAGCAGUGUCUGUGUCUCUGACACUGCCUUGUUCCUUCAGUGAGAAUGUGUUGUCAUUAAUGUGUGUCGCACAGAUUUGCAAAGGGGUUACAGUGAUUCAUCCCUGCCCCAGUUUUGAUAUGGAACAGGCACCAGCAACAGUCACAGUGACAGGAUACAUGGUCAGUACUAAUAAAAUACAUAAGAACGUAUAUGUAAUUAGCUUUAUCUGUUAAUGUUAAUAUCAAAUUAAUCACAUAAUAUCUGUUAAUCUGCUAAUAUCAAACUGGGGCAUGAAACUACCUGUGAAAUGUAAUUACAGCGCAGACAUGAAACCAGUUUUGGCUUGAAUGUCCAUUCCAUUGAGACAGUGGUUACAGGUGCAGGUUUGUAUAUUUGUUGACAUUUGCCUGAAGUGGAAAAUCAUGGAAAAAUUUGCGUAAAGAAUUUUGUACGGUCGUUUAUUAUUAUUAUUGCAGAACAGCCUAUUGUGUGCUUUUACACCAUGGUGUUUGUAGCUCAAAUUAUGCAUCAGUUUAGUUAAGUUUUGUAGUGCGAGUAAUGCACACAGCUUCAAAAGAUUUGUGCACAUCCUCACCACAAUCAACAGGAAGCGCAUUUGUUUUUUCACUUGUUGGUGAUCAAAUUUUUUUGUUUGUUAAAAUGUGUAUCCUGAAGUAAGUAACAUUACCUCUUGUGUAUUAGAGAGAAACUAGCUUAUAAUGCUGUUUAUUAAACUCUAUGCAAUUCUGAUAUAGAACCUCAAUUCAAGUGUUUCCUUGUGGCAUGUGUGUUAGAAGCUUCUGUGUGCCUUAAUGAAUUCAGAAGCAGUCACUGGCAGCUGGGUCCAAAGGGAGAAAUAACAGUAUUAAGUGUGAUGUGCAGUGUUCAUAUUCACUGUGUGGUACUGUGGUAGCAGAUGGAUCAGAUUCACAGGACAGUUUGCCUCACAUCUGUCUGAAGGAUAGCUUUCCUGCUAGCUCCACUAAAUCACCAAAGACUCACCAUAUUGUAUUCUUUUUGUACCCUUGGAAAAAGGCCAAGUCUUUAAGUGAGCAGUGUUACUGUUGGUUAAGGGUGUUUUUAUUACUGAAAAUAAAAUGUCUGGAUUUCUCAGAA